ACUGUACUUGACGAGACUGUACUUGAUGAGACUGUACUUGAUGAGACUGUACUUGAUGAGACUGUACUUGACGAGACUGUACUUGACGAGACUGUACUUGAUGAGACUGUACUUGACGAGACUGUACUUCAUGACACUGUACUUGAUGAGACUGUACUUGAUGAUACUGUACUUGAUGAGACUGGUACUUGACGAGACUGUACUUGAUGAGACUUACUUGAUGAGACUGUACUUGAUGAGAUGUACUUGAUGAGACUGUACUUGAUGAGACUGUACUUGAUGAGACUGUACUUGAGAGACUGUACUUGAUGAGACUGUACUUGUACUUGAUGAGACUGUACUUGACGAGACUGUACUUGAUGAGACUGUACUUGAUGAGACUGUACUUGAUGAGACUGUACUUGAUGAGACUGUACUUGACGAGACUGUACUUGAUGAGACUGUACUUGACGAGACUGUACUUGACAAGACUGUACUUGAUGAGACUGUACUUGAUGAGACUGUACUUGAUGAAACUGUACUUGACGAGACUGUACUUGAUGAGACUGUACUUGAUGAGACUGUACUUGAUGAGACUGUACUUGACGAGACUGUACUUGAUGAGACUGUACUUGAUGAGACUGUACUUGACGAGACUGUACUUGAUGAAACUGUACUUGAUGAGACUGUACUUGACGAGACUGUACUUGACGAGACUGUACUUCAUGACACUGUACUUGAUGAGACUGUACUUGACGAGACUGUACUUGAUGAGACUGUACUUGACGAGACUGUACUUGACGAGACUGUACUUGAUGAGACUGUACUUGAUGAGACUGUACUUGAUGAGACUGUACUUGACUGA